CACUGUAACACGGUCACUGUAAAGUAAAGUGUAACCAUCUAUUUUAAUGGACACUUGUGUUACCAUGUAGGAUCAUUUAUGAACUUUAAACUUUUGGGGUCCCCUGAUGUGAUUUUGCCUUCGCUUCAUAGGCAGCAACUAAAAUGGUUUAUUUUGGUCACGAUUUAAAACUACUCACUAAUUACCUGAUAGUGUUUUAGUCACCAUGUGGUUAUCAUUCUUAAUUUCCGAGUGGUUUACUCAGUGUGAAAGUAAAAUUACGGAUGCAGACCAAUACAGAGACCUUGGUCUAUAUGCAUCUAGCUAGCUAGACCAAGAUGACCAUCAGUGGUCUUGUGGCCAUGUAAAUCUAUCAUUUUUGCUUUGCUACAGUAGAACAAUAAACAUUUAAGUGGUAGAAUUUCAUUGUAAUAUUGAUGUCUCACCUAAAUAUGCAACACAAUAAAAAAGUGUAGAUGGUUCUUGUUCCCCACUGGAUGUCACUGUUUCAACUUGUGUAGUGUGUUCUUUCAGUGUUUAAUCAUUAUGUUGUUGUUUUUACUAUUGUUAAUGCAAAGGUAAUAUAGAAUGCACAUAAGCAAGAUCAGAUGAAUUGUAUUUACUUUAUAUGACAUACAGUAUACUGUAAAUGAAACCUGUACACAGCCAUAGCAUGUUGAGGUUAUUGGUGUGAUGUGUUUUCCUGUUUCUCAUCACUCACAUUUCCUUGUAUCUUCCACUUAAAGCUUUCUGGUUUGCUGACUUAACUUCCUGUCUAAGCAGAUGCUGUGUGAGAGUGAGACAGAAGGUAAAUGCCACAGAUGCUGACAUGUAGUAGAUUUGGAUUAUUCCAUGUCUGUAUCAGGUUAUAAAUCUGCAAAAUCCAAUGCUGUUUUUUUCUCGUAAUAAUCAUUAUUAAUUCCUGAGUUGAAACUAAACCACUAUUUGAUCAUGACUGUGUCUACAUUGUGUCUUAAAUUGAUAUUCAUACUAUCUGUAAACUCUCAAUGCCAAAGUAACAACAUGCUUGCCUGUCCAGCAGGAUCUUACUUAAACGGAGAUAAAUGUAAUUUGUGUAGGAAUGGUACUUAUACAAAGUUAAGAAAUGCAGUGCCUUAUUGUAUGGAUUGCAUAUCAUGUGAUAUUGGUGCUGAUCAAAUAGAAGUUCUACCCUGUACAUCAACACAAAACAGAGAGUGCGGAUGUAAACCUGGAUAUUAUAAAAUCAGUGAAACUUCAUCUUCAUUUUUUUGUAAAUCUUGUGAAGAGUGUCGGAACUGCAAAGAAUGUAUGAGCUGUGGAGAUCAAUGCAAUCAACAAAACAGAUUUACAACCACAACAUCCAUUUGUAAGGAUGGCUAUUUUCUGGUUGACGGACAGUGCCAGGAGUGUACAAAAUCUGGCUGUAAGAGCGAGGCAUGUAAAUCAUUUUGUAUUAAACAAGAUGUGCCAUCUCAUCCUGACCCGCUCUUGCUGUUGUCUUUGAUAAUCGUGGUCAUGUUGGGUGUCCUUCUGAGUCUUCUCCCCAUAUGGUUCUGCAAACGGAGAAGGUUUUGCUGGCAAGCGAAAAACUGGCUUGUUGGCAUUCAGGUUCAACCAGAUCAACCUAAUGACUUGUUCGAUGUUCCUUCAACAAUGGUGAAAGAUAACUCAGCCUUCAAACCUUCCUCUGGAGAUCCAGCGACCAGCCAUCCACACAGCCUCUUUAAUGGAGAUCUGCAGAGCAUCAUGACCCCCUUGAUUGCAAAAGGAGACCCAAAAUUGAUGCAGAUACUGCAGAAGGAGUUGUGGCCAGCACCAGUGCUUUACACUAUCGUAAGAGAGAUCCCCGUGCAACGUUGGAAGGAGUUUUUGCGACUGCUUUCUGUGUCCGAUGACCAGAUAGAACGAGUUGAACUGGAGGCAGGCCCGUCCUAUUUAGAAAAGCAGUACAUGAUGCUUCGUCUGUGGAGCCAGAGCGGCGGCGCAAAGCAAGAGAACAUUUAUUCAACGUUACACUACAUGAACCUGUCAGGCUGUGCUCAGAAACUGCAAGAAAAGUUGGAGCAACUACAGCUUUCAAAGUUUGAAAUUUUGAGCUUAUCUCCUCAUGUUUGAGAGCUACAUUUGAUUCGUUUUUUUUCACAUAGAUGUUAGCACAUACUGUAGAUGUUGUGCUAUUGACAGGUCACUCAUACGUUAUUUGACGCUAUUCUAAUGUGAUGUUUCAUCAGUUCUUUGUAUUAAGUGAUAAUAAUCGUUGUGUCAGGUAAUAUCACAGAACUGUAAUGGUAACUGAAUGGUUCAAAGUUUGAGACGAUAAGCAAAAACAUUGUAAGAAAUAAAUGUCUGUAUUUUUAUACUACUAUAGACUAAUGGUUUUCAGGAUAACACAGGUGCUUAACGGUUAUCAUUCACAUUGAACGUAUCUAUGAAUAUCUUAUGUAAGUAUUGCAUACUCACCACCGGGAUGGAUUACUGACAGGGCCAAUGGGGCCAGUACCCAGGGGCCCUUGACUACCAUGAGCCCGAGGGGGCCCUGGGCUUCAAGGUUGCACCAUCCAGUUUGGUACAGAGCACCCAACAACAAUGAAAACAAAUGUUUAUCUUUGUUUAAUAUAUGGGUCCCAUAGCCUAUACAAGGCCUCUGUGGAUACCCCGUAAAAAAUGAAAUGAUCAACAAAUCAUGGCAACAUGUUUUUAUGUUACUUUACUUAUUAAAUUAAAUGUGACUUAUUAAAAAUGAACUUAAUGAUUAAAUUACAGCACAUUUAAAUAGCAUUUUCGGAAUCUUUUGCUUGAUGAUUUGAUGUUUACAGACAUGUGUCACAGGGGCAUUUUAUGGUGAAAAAUAUUUUUUUAUUUAUGUGAUGCAUUAAAUACGUGUAUGUUUGACAGUUAAUUAAAGACGUGUUUCACACGCCUUAAUUUGGUCCAUUCUUGAUU